AAGGUGAACUAUAUUUUUUCUCUAUCUAAAUCAUGGAAUUAUUAGCAGCUUUUGAUAUAGUUUCCUAGAUUUUGUGGGAAGAAAAGAAACAAGGAAAGUUUUUAAAGAAAAGGGUUUCCAAAAUGGAUGGUGAUGCUUCUUUAUCUGGCCUUCUUUGCUUAGAAAGUAAGAGUUUUUUGAAGGAAAAGGAUGAGUUAUUAGUUGAUGAGAAUUACAUUGCUGUAUAUGAUGAAGAGUGUAUGCAGAUGUUGUUUGAUAGAGAAAUGAGUUUUGGGUUAAAAAAAAAUGAACCUUUGGUGUUUGGUAACUUCUUCAAAUAUGCUCGUUUGGAAGCCAUCACAUGGAUUCUCAAAAAAAGAGAAGUUUUUGGAUUUCGUUUCCAAACAGCUUAUUUAUCUGUCAUUUACUUUGACAAAUUCCUUUCAAAGAAGUCUAUUGAUAGUGAAAAGUCAUGGACAAUGCAAUUAUUGUCAAUGGCAUGUCUUUCACUGGCUGCAAAGAUGGAAGAGAUAAAAGUUCCUUUACUUUCAGAGUUACAGACGGAAGAAUUCAACUUUGAAAGCAAAGUGAUUCAAAGAAUGGAGCUUUUGGUAUUGAAUACUUUGGAAUGGAGAAUGAGUUCAAUUACUCCAUUUGCUUUUCUUCCUUUCUUCAUUACAAGAAUGUCCAAGAAAUCUCCAUCUGAUCAUUUCAUGUCCAGGACUGUACAACUCAUUUUGGCUAUAAUGAGAGAGAUCAACUUAAUGGAACAUCGACCUUCAGUUAUUGCUGCUGCCGCGACACUGAGGACAUUGGAUCAAAGAUUAACAAGAAAAACAUUGGAGUGUACGAUGAAUUCUGUUUCUUAUUGUGGAUUUCUUGAAAUUGAAGACGUCUUUACAUGCUACAAUCUAAUGCAGAAACUAGAGAUUGAGAUACAUAAUUUUCCAAAAUCUGUAAAUUCACCAGACAUAUCACCAACACAUUUGAGGGCAAUCAAUGUUUUAGACGAUUCUUCAAGUUCUGCUGCAGUUUGCACCAAGAGAAAAAGGCUUACAUUCAAUAAAAGUGACAACGAUCAUGAUAUACCUAAUGAGAAGCGACUCUGCUAGAGAAUAUCUUAGAUUUUGAGUAUAAUACUGAAGAUUUUACCUGUGGACUGUUACUGAUAAUUACUGGUCUCUAAUGAGUGUGUUCUUUUUAUUUAUUUGCUUCAUCGACAUGAUUUCAAGUUGAUUGAAUACGGCUACUCGAGCAACCAAUGCUCAGAGAAAGGAGGAACAGAGGAGGAAAAGGAAAAUAAAAGUAAAGCUUUGAGCAACAUAUAAAAAGGCUGCUGGAGAACAGGCAGUUGAAGCUUACUGACCUUUUUUUUUUUUAUUCAUUCUUUAAAUUCUUACUUCCAUAUCUUUUGGCUUUUUUUAAGUAUGGGGUUUUAUAUAAUGUCUCUGGCAACCCUACCUUUUGAUGGGAUGCUUUGAGAUGCUUUUCUAAGUGUAUUUGGAAAGGCUGAUAACAAUGUGGAGUGAGAGGGGAAAGGGGGAGACCUCUGUUUAUUGGAUUUGAUGCAUCUAUGUUGCAUGUUGGCCUACCAAAAAAGAGUACUUGCUUAUAUAUUGUAAAGGUUUGUGAUUGGAUUUGUUUGAAUGUUUGGUGGUGCCUUUUAAGACGAACCCCUUGUUCUUUUCCUAUUGUCAAGUGUUUGCCUGCUUGGAACCUUAAACAUUGUUUAUGGAUCAUACCGAUUUCUAUGUUGAUCACAAUCUGAUGGAUCUUUUUU